AUGAAGCAAACAACACGAAUCAAUUCUAGAGCUCACUCUUCGGCUUAUGCACUUGUUUGUUGCUUGGCUGUAUCGACAUGCAAUGCGUUUCAAGCUUCCCAACCGGCGACAGCUUUGGGGUCGGUUUCGAGUUCUUCGACUGCCAGAACCACGGCUCUUCAUGCUGCGAGCAGGAGAGAAGCUGCUCCGGCAGAAGGAAAAACAGAAUCCAAGAAAGGAGCAAGAAAGUGGAGUGGAUCAAGAGUGAAAGUAAAUGCAAGUGCAAAUGCAAAUGAAUCCACGGCUGCUUCUACAAUAGGGACUCGGAGAAUGAAGAAGAAAUCACACCCAAAUGACUACCUAAUGAUGACAGAUGCACUGAUGCACGACCUUCUCACGAGAGAGGAAGAGAGAGAACUAGGGAUGAAAAUACGACGGGCGUCAAAGGCAAUGGCCAAAGUAACAAAAUUCGCAGAGAUGAAGCAAUUGCGACUGCAGGAGUCGAACAUGGAACAAGAAGCAUACUCCAAUGAAUUCAUCUCAGAAAUGCAAAUUGAUCAAUAUCCAAGUUUGGGACUGGAUGAAGAAGACAUCGAGGGGCUUUCUAUUUUUGGUGUACAUUGCAAUCGCCUUGAAGAAAUGGAUGCUCGAAGUCUAAGUGGCAUGGACGAUGAUAUCGAAGGCUGGAAUUUUCAACGACUCCGAGAGACAGAUUUCGACAUUUUGGGAAUUGAUCAGUCGUCGUCAUUUCAACCCAACUCCAGCCCGCUAUCAAUAGACAAAAUUUUGACAGAAGAAGAUGUCGUAGCAGAAUUGAAUAUUGCUGGUGGUCGGGAUGAAUUGGCACGAAUUAUUCUUGAUGGUGCUCUGGCAAAAGAAAAGCUGAUUAGCAGUAAUAUACGUCUAGUCCUCAGCAUUGCAAAGACUUGGUGUCAACGAUCCACUGCAGUGUCAGGUAAUGCGCAAUAUGCAGGCGGUUGGGACAGACCGAGUCUCGAAGAAGCAAUCCAAGAGGGUAUUUUGGGUCUUUCCAUAGCUGCAGAUCGCUUUGAGCCUGAGCGCAACCUAAAAUUUGCAACGUAUGCUACUUGGUGGGUAACAAACUCAGUUCGCAGCUGUUUCAACACCGCCAAGGAAGUUGGUCUUCGUGUCCCCGUGUAUUAUCACGCCUAUCGACAGAAGUAUCAAGCGUUCGUCAAGCAGCAAUACGACCUGACUGGCGAAGGAGUCACACUUGAAGAUGCGGCCAAGGAACUUGACCUUACACCUAAGCGACUUGCCUUCAUUCUACAGUCAACUACCUCACCAAUUUCGAUCAAUGCUCCGCCAAAUCAAUUUCAAAAGGUUUCGAUGCCCGGAAAAGCAGGUGGCGAAGAGGCCUCCAAUGAUCUCUUAGGAAUGGCGGCCAACCUCAAAUCUCCCGAGCCGUCACUAGAAGACCAAAUCGAAAUUUCUUUGCUGCGUCAGUGUCUAGAAAACGCGAUGGCUACUGAACUAUCCCCACACGAACGGGAUAUCCUUCGACUACGUCAUGGACUGGACGACGGGGUAUCAAGAACAGCACGGGAGGUAGCCGAAAUAUGUGGAGGGAGUGUGAGUCUGACUGAUAUACGCAAUGUUGAGAUGAGGGCGUGUCGUAAGCUCCGGUCGCCAUAUUCAGUACAUACAGCUCGACUUCAUGACUUUCUCGACUUUGUUGGUGCUGAUAUGACAACGGCGAAGAACUAG